AUGUUGUACCUCCCAUCACCCAGUGAUCAACAACAACAACAACAAACUAUGAUUGAUACAGCAUUAGCACCAGUGACCAACACCAUCACUAGGGAUAGGAGACCCAGUGUGGCAAGCUCACAAGAUACUCAAAACUAUGACAACUACAAGAAUGAACUGACAGCCAGCAACAACAAUGGUAGUGGUGGCAAGUCAAUAUCAAUACCAACAUCAAUCGAUACACCCUCCUCAGACUGGUCAUCCAAGCUCAGUUCAUUAUUCUCAUUCUCCAAGAAGAAGUCAAACUAUGAGCUCGAGAUCGAUGCCUUCAAAGAUGCAAUGAUAUAUAUUAGACCAAUAUCAAAUGAGGAAGGUAUAUUGGUACAUCGUUUGGACAAGUCCAAGAAGUAUAUACACUCGUUGGCAGAGUUGGAGAUUGGUUACAUCUACCUCACCGAGAGGGAUACCCCAAUCAUCAGACAGAAUCAACAUGAGGUGAUCUUUGCCAACAAGAUCAUCAUCCAAUGUAAAUCAUACAAGAAGUUCUCAAUCAAAGGUAUACUACAACAGGAUAUUGCCACAUCAGCACUGGAAGCUUUCACAAAGAGGAAGAUGAAUCAGGGCAUGCUGUUCAUCGAGGAGGAUGGCCAACUAUGUAGAAUAUUCUACCGUAUCAAUGACCUCAUACUCAACACUAUAUACGCCAACCAAGACGACACAGUAAUGCUACAACGACUACAAAACAAUGAGAUAAGGUUCUUGUUCGAGGGACAUCAUGCCAAGGAACAGGUGGAGGUAGCCAUUGCAGCCUUCACAAACCCAUCAAGUCCAAAGGAUUGGAAGCGUAUAUCGGUGCUUCGUGAGCAGAACCAUCAUUCAUCACAGGGUCCACUGUCCUCUGAUAAUAUUGCCACACGCUUUUUGAACAAGUUCCAGCCACGAUCCAAGGUAGAGACGAUGGAGUUGAAGCAGAAGCGUGAGAACACCAUCAAUAAGUUGAAGAGUCGCAUGAGGAUCGACUGGGAGUGGAAGAACCAGAAUGAUACACCCACUGGCGGUUCAACGGGUUCCGACGAGAACAAUAUGAAUGCCGUCAAUAUCAUGGAGAACGUGGUCAACCGCGUCAAGAGCAGGAUGUCCAUCAUCAACAAGCCCGGAUCUGCUGCUGUGUCUGCACCAACUGCCGCCAACUACCAGCCAUCCAAAGAGGCUGUUGGUGGUGGCAACACACAGGACAAGUCAUCCAACAAUGUUGAUGGCGCUGCCAAGUCCACCCCCGUGGACUCGACACCAGUUGCUGGCGAGGGCGCUACAGCCCCACCCGCACCACCCCCUGCCCCACCUCCCCCACCUCCUCCUCCACCCCUCAACUCCAAGCUAUUGCUGAAGCAGCGCAAGAAGGAGAAGAAGAUGCGUCAGCUGCACUGGAGCGUCAUUCCAAAGGAUAAGUUGAAGGAGACGUUCUGGGACAGUCUGUCACCAGUGAAGAGCAAUGAGAAGGAUCAGUCGCUGGUCGAGCAGUGGUUCAGUCUGUCGCCACCACCCAAGCCCGUGGGCGGCCUCAAGGACAAGCUAGCCGGAAAGUCUGGCGGCGCACCAACCAUCGUCAACCUACUCGAUCUGCGUCGUGCCAACAACGCCUGCAUCCUGUUGGCGCAGUUCAAGCUGUCGUACGCCGACAUCAAGGAGGCUAUCCUGUCGUGUGACGAGCAGCGCCUGUCUGUUGAGCAGUUGAUCGCCAUCGAUGCCAUGUUGCCCAUCACCGAGGAGGAGGCAAAGAAGCUGAACGCGUUCAAUGGCGAUCGCGCCACACUAGGCAACGCCGAGCGCUUCUUCAUCGAGAUGAUGGCCAUCGACAACCUUCAACAGCGCGUCCAGACAUUCCUGUUCCGCGCAGAAGUUUCCAGCGUGAUGACUGAGCUCACCAUCAGUCUAGGCGCCGUCACCGCCGCCCUGGACCAGGUACGCGCAAGUCGCCGCUUCAUCCAGAUGCUCAAGGUGAUCCUGCACGUGGGCACCAUCCUCAAUCGCGGCCAGACCUAUCUGCACGGCAAGGGCUUCAGACUAGACUCGUUGGCCAAGCUGUCCGAGACAAAGUCACGCGAUGAGAAGCACACAGUCAUCGACUUUAUCGUGGGAUACGUACGCGACAACAAGCCCGAGCUAAUGAGCUUCUAUGAGGAGCUGUCAGCCAUUGACGCCGUGGCCAACCUCUCGCUCGAGGUGCUGCUGGACGACGUCGAGCAUCUUGGCGGACGCUUCAAACAGGUGGAGGAGCAGCUGGCACUGGCCACCAUCGAUGCCAACUACAGCCAAUUGAUGCGACCCUUCUACCAAGCCAACAUCAAUGAGUUUGGCGCGCUCAAACAGAUGGCUGAGGCCACCAUGCGCCAAUUUACAGAGUGCUGCACAUACUUUGGCGAGGAUUCUGCCACCAUCUCCACCAAGGAGUUCUUUGGCAACAUUGCCAAGUUCUCAUCGGCAUUCAAGCGCAGUGCCCAAAAGCUCAAAGUGCCAUCUCCCGUGCUGACCCGACGCGAGUCCGUGGUCGCCAUUGCCGCGCCACCUUCAGCACCCGCCACCACCACCCCUGUCUGUCCCCAACCCGAACCUGUUGCGGCCAUCCAGCCAUGA